AUGAGCACUUGCGGACCUAAGAAUCGGUCUUUCCAGAAGCGUGCCAUCACGAGACAAGAGACAGUGGUCUCUUUACCGGACGAGAUCAGGUACGAACACGCCAGUGCUGUUUUUCUCGUCAUCAGCACCGCCACGCGGGGGCUGUACGGUUUGCAACAUCUGAGGCGGCCUCUUCCGAUACUCAAACUUGAGAAAGUUGGCAAGAGGCUCUUAGUCUGGGGAGCAGCAGGUGGCGUUGGCAUGCAAGUUGUCCAAUUUACGACGGCAUCUGGGUUCGAUGUCGCUGCGACAGCUUCGCCCGAGUCCGCCAACCCAACUCCCCAGGGCAAACGUGGUUACUAA